AUGGGUAAUGUCUGCAACGGAACUGUCUUCAAUCACCCAGUGCAAAUGACGGCAUUAGCCUGUGGUGUAUCAAUGGGUACGAUAUAUCGACUGAAGCCAGGCCAGCUCCCAGGAAAUUCAAGUGGUCAAACUGCACCACCACCUCCUCCUCCACCUCCUCGAAAACUGACCAAGGAAGAAGAAGCUAGAAAAGCACUGUUAGAACAGAGCUGUGAGCAAAUGCGUGUACUCGUGAUGAAGAAGUAUGGCCAAGAAUGGGGCGAUAUUGUUCGCCAUUUUGUUCUCGAAGAAUUGAAGCAGAAUAAGAAUUUGUCAGUUCUUGAACUACAUAAUAAGCUUGUUUGGGCAUACGCUGACUUUCCAAUGCCUGCCCCAACGCUGUACGCCUUUCUGAAAGGCUUAGGUUUCACUUACAGAGUAGAAGGAAGCAAAAGCAUUGUUGUGAAACCGAUUGUGGUCAAAGACAUAACUUACACGAUUCCCUAG